AUCAAUAAAAAUCCUCGUGUCCAAUAGGCAGUGUGGACAAUCGGGACUCACUCGAUUUGACAGCAGAUCGGAAGAAAACGAGCAGGGAUAAAUAUGCAUUUCAGGUUACACCUCACCGAUUUUGUCGCCAUUUGGAUAUGUUGUAGGGAAGGUUGUUCUGAGUAAUUCCCUGCAAAAAUUAAGUAAGAAAUAUGCAGAAAAAUGAAGAGAGAAAUUUACAAAGUCAGUCAGCUAAUGUGACACAUUUCUGCAAUCUAAAGAAAAUCCUAAAUUUUUGGCCAGGACUCAACUAUUUAACACAAGAAUUUCUAUGCGACAUUCAUAUGAUUAUGGCAAUUGGAUGUGAAAUGAAUAUCACAAGCAUGAAUGUCUUUAUAAUCGUAAAGAAAGACGGAUAUGUCUAUAGCUAUACUUGUGAUGAUAACAAGCGUCUAAAGAGCAACUGUAACAAUUAUUUUUUACCUCUUUAUAAUACUAUGGACGUACUCUAUUAUUCUACAAAUCCACAAAUAAUUGAAAAUCUCUGCGGCAAAAAUAUAAAGACAUUUGUUCAGAUGGACAUGCAUGGUUUAUUUGCGCUGACUAACGAAGGAAAGGUAUACUCUUGGGGUGACAAUAAAUUGUGUACAUUGGGUCAUGAAGAACGUAAAAUAAUUUCCAAACCCACUCUUGUGACCAGUCUAAGCAAUAAAAACAUUGUGAACCUUGUAUGCGGUAUAUCUCAUGCUCUCGCUCUUACUGACGAUGGAAAAGUAUAUAUUUGGGGAAACAUUGCUGAAGGGGGCCAAACACCACAACAAAUAUCUGAUUUGGAGAACAAAAAAAUUGUUUGCAUUGCUUGCGGCUUGAGAUAUAGUAUAGUUGUUACAGAUAAUGGCGAAGUUUACAUUUGUGGUAGAUUAUUUAACAGCACUAGUAGGAAUGUGAGACGUGAUAUUGCUAGCUUUAUAAUUUCAAGGGAUUUUUGUCGAAUGAAGCAAAUGACCUUUGCGCCAACAAUAAUUAAGGUGGCCUGUGGAUUAAACCAUGCUUUAGCACUCACCGAUGAAGGAAUUCUUUAUGUAUGGGGUGAAAACAGUUUUGGACAACUAGGUACUGGCGACAAAAAAAAAAUUUAUAAGCCUUUUUUGUUGAAUACAUCUGAUAUGGGAGAGUUGUCAGAUAUUGCAGCAUUAAGCACGAAAAAUAUAAGUGUAGCCGUCAACAAGAAUGGAUGUUUUUAUGUAUGGGGUGAUUGGGCCGGUCGGAUAACUUUACAACCAAAGGCCACCCUUUAUACAAACAUGAACGAUGUAUUCACAUGCGAAAAUAUCAUGUACAAACCACUAAUCUUGACAGAAACUGCUCUUGAAUAUGUGAAAAAAGAGUCAAACACAAUGAGAUACCUGAAAGAUGCUUUUAACGAUCCUUCAACGAGUGACUUCAAAGUAGAAGUGGAAGGACGAGAUAUUCAUCUUCACAAGGCUGUCCUAAAAGUUUGUAGUUUAUAUUUCAGAACCAUGUUUCAACAUACUUGGAAAGAAAAUAUUGAGAAUGUCUUGAAGCUCGAUAUGUUUUCAUACAACGUUUAUGAAGCAUUUUUCAAAUAUUUGUAUACAAGUGAGAUCGAGAUAUCUUCGGAAGAAGCCUUUGAAUUGUUCAAAUUAGCUGAUAUGUAUAAUGAGACGGAUUUGAAAACAGCUUGCAUUCCGAUAAUACAAAGAGAGGUUACUAUAUCAAAUGUAGCACUUUUUUAUAGCAAAGCAAUUGGAUAUAAUGUACAGUGGCUGGAAGAAUUCUGCUUUUCAUUCGCCAUGAGAAAUGUGACAAAAAUGACACAAAUGGACAGUUUCAAAGAGUUGGCCAAGAAUACGAAAUUUAUGUUUCUUAUAAAAGCAGACGAAGCUAAUGCUUUAAAAACGUAAUUAAAUUAUUUUUUUAAUAUUAAAUUUUGUUCGAAAUCGAAUGAAAUCUACAAAUAUGCAUGUACAUUCGACUUAUUAACAAUAAAUUACAUUUAAUUCGAA